UAUCAAUAGUCAAUAGAUAGGCUGAUGUGAAAAUCAUAUAAAAUCAGAAACUUUACAAAUUUGAUUGUUCACGGGGAACCGACACAAAGAUCUCAUAGAAGAGGUUUAUCUUGAAUAUACUGAAGACAUUUUCCAUUUUACACGCUGAAUGAGUUUGGUGGUUUACAGAGUGAAAAGGGAUAUUCUUAAAUAACUUUCUGAUUGACUAUGAAAUAUAAUUUAACACGGAAGUACAUGGGAGAGUUCAAUUAAUAACUUUUUAUUAGAGGACCGACUAGUAGCUUUUUCCAGAAGCCAUUUAAAGAAGUUAAAGCAAAUUUUUACCGUUAUCUAUUUGCGCUUUGGAAAAUAACGUUUAUAAAUAAUACUUAUAAGGAAACAGUGUUCAAACCUCCGAUUUUGGAGUUAAAAUUGUGAAAACAAGCAUCCUAAUACCGGAACCGGAAGUCGAUCCACUCCUGAGUCGAACAAGUGCUUCUCGCACAUCUUGCUGACUCCGGACUGCAAACGGCGCACGACCAUCCCCUUGGUAACCACGCAGACGAUACCGCCAUGUCCACGUCAGACCCCGCUGUAACGGAAACGAAGUCAAAAGCAGACGACAAGAAGUCUAAGCCUGUGCCAAAGGCUAUGUUCCCAAACUCUGACCCGGAUAAGUAUAACCCGGAUGGUUCCCUGCGCACAGUCCACCAAAUGCCAGAGUUCGACCAGCGCUGGGAACAAGCGGAGAAGGCUCGUUACAUCCGCACCAGGAACCUGCCAGAAAGAGACCGGGAACUCUCGGUCAACGAAAUAUUUGGCCAGGGCGAACAGACCAAGUCUUGACUGGUUCAUUCAACCGCAAUUAUUUAUCGUGUAUAUAUACUGGUUUCCUUAUUAUUUCUUCUUUGUGACUGUGUACAAAAAAUCAUUUCAAACCAACUUCGAUCUGUUCUUCUAUUCAGAAGACAAGGUCGAUGUAUGAUACCGACUUCUUUUACAUUUUCAGCUGGUAUGUCGCCAUGUUUUAACCAUUCAUUAUUAACAAAUGUACCAUAAUACUGUUAAGCCAUUUAAGUUAACCGCUCAGGUUGUUUGAUCCUGAAGUCCUGUUUCCAGUCGAGUUUUGUGUAUAACGCGUAUCAGUCGAGACUGCAUAGCGGUCGAGACGCAUACAUGCUUUAACACCGAACGAGACGUGGUGCAGGUCGUUUGAUUUUGUGCGGUACAUUUGAACAUAUGCAACGUUUUGUUUUUAAUUGUAUUUAAAAUUGGACUUUCAUUACAAACAUUUACGAGUGGUUUGGAUAAAAAAAAUUGCUGCAUGUAAUAAACUCCUGGCAUAUUU